AUAUGUGUGUGUGUGUGUGUGGAGGAGACAACUUCCUCAUCAUACACUCUUCACCCACUCACUCACUGACCAUACACACACACACACACACACGAUCUAUCUGACUGAAACCUUAAACACUCCGAGAAAUUUCUUCAACACUCAGACAGCUGUGAUGGUGGACAAUCUGCAGUUCACGAUGGAGAACCGUGAGCGUAUCCUGGCCGUGGAGAACUCCUUCAUGCCGAGCGGGAAGCCUCUCCUCGCUCCGGGUCGCGUCCUGGUCGGAGAAGGUCGCCUGCUAAAGCUGUGCAGACGCAAACCGCAGCCCAAAGUCUUCUUCCUGUUUAACGACAUGCUGGUGUACGGCAGGAUCGUGGUCCCGGGCCGCUGGUACAGCCACCAGCAUAUCCUGCGUCUGGAGGAAUUGGAGCAGGAGAACCUGGAGGACGGAGUGGGAAUGAGUAACCAGUGGCUCCUCCGGACGCCGCGCAAGUCCUUCCACAUCUCUGCAGCGUCGCUGGAGGAGAAGCAGGCGUGGAUGGAGCACAUCGAGCGCUGCAGGUUGGAGCGGCUGAAGCAGCUCGGUUUCCCCGCAGUGAUGAAGCCCUUCGCCACCACCUGGAUCCCGGACGCCGCCUCGGACGUGUGCAUGCGCUGCUCACAAGCUUUCAACGUCACCCAGCGCAGACACCACUGCAGACACUGCGGCUUCGUGGUGUGUAACUCCUGCUCGAAGGCUCGCGCCAUCCUCAAACACAUCUCAUCCAAACCGGUCCGGGUGUGUCGCCGAUGUAAGGACUCUCUGUGUGAGCAGGAAGUCAGCAAAGGCACUGUCAGGAAGAAAGACUCGAUCGAGGAGAUGCCUGAAUACGAAGAGUCCAGUGAUGAGGACCAGGAGGAGAACCACACACACAAUGCAUGGUUCAACACUUACAGAGAACCUGAGCCUCUGUACUGCUACUUUAAUCCAAAACACAUCAAACCUUCACAGCUGUAGUGUGGACUUCUACAGAACAUCUGAGGAGCCUUCAAACAGGGUUAAAAAGACUACAUCAUCAUUUCCUCCUAACACUACUUCCAUCUCACUUCAACACACGGUCUCCUCAUCUUCAUCCACACAACAGACCUGAUGAACUUCUUCACUGAAAGGAACUGGUUCCACCUGGUUCCAUCAGGAGCAUGUAAGACCACCACCAAUGUGAACAACUCUGAGAGUGUACGAUUACACAUUAUCAACAUAUAAACAUUUAAAUAAUUUAUUUAAUUUUUUUGUAAUAUCAGUUUUAUUGUGUAAGAAUUUCUGACUGCUGCUGAGUUUCUGUGUGCUGUUAUAAAUAAUGAUGUUUUUAUCAUUAAAAAAGAAUCAUUUUGGUCAUAUUAAUAACUGUCACAUCAUGUACUCUUAGAGAAUAAAUGUAUUUGCAUUACAAGGUAUUUAGCGCUACACCGUCUCGAGAACACAGUAGAAGUACUAAUGACGUCACUACUACUGCAACGAGUCGCCCUCUAGUGGAUGUGUGAGGUGUGGCACUGUAUAUAAAUAUCUGUAUGUGCAUUAUGUUUGCAUUUGACAAUUUAACAUUAAUUUUUAUAAUUCAAGCACUAAUAAAUAUUAUUAUAAAAACA